CGCUGCAAAACCGGAAGCGGAAGUACAAACGGAGGGCCUCAUUUGGUGGAUAGGUCCCUUUCGCUGGGUGCUUUACCGGUGUUUGGGGGGCGUGGGACGGAGGAGAACGGCCGGUCCCCCUCCCUUGCGAGGAGGAUGCUCUUGUCCUCGCGCGGGUGGGGGCGGCACCUCGGCGUGGUCUGGCUGCUCGCGUUCCUUGUGGCAGCAGAAACAGAUGAAACAUCUGACCUGCUGUCAAAAGAGUUAAGUGAAACUUCCCUACCAUUAAAUCAGGAAAGCAGUUCUGCCCAUUCAAGCAGCGAUGGACAUAGAGAAUCUGUACAGUACAGGACUGCAGAAAUUGCUGAUGCUAUGAUGAGUAGUAGCCUUCUUGCCGACCAUCAUGUCGUAUUGUCAGUUAUUCCAAGUGACACAAAGAAGUCACAUCUCUCUGAAGCAGACACUGGUACUUGUGAUGCAGCAGCAGAUGGUGAAUGCAGUACGAAUAACAUGGCAUCUGUAUCUCAACAAGUGUCGCAUGCACAAGAGCCAAUAAUACAUCCACCAGUAGUGUUGGAAGCAGUGCAUCCUUCAUCAGCAGAGGACUCAAAUAACACAGAUGGUACGAAAACCCCAAAAGUGAACUGUGAAGAAAGAAACAUUACAGGAAUGACAAAUUUCACAUUACAAAUUUUGAAUAUUUCCCAGGAUUUAAUGGAAUUUUUAAAUCCAAAUGGCAGUGACUGCACCUUGGUCUUAUUUUAUACCCCUUGGUGUCGUUUUUCAGCCAAUUUGGCUCCUCAUUUUAAUUGUCUGCCACGAGUGUUUCCAACACUACAUUUCUUGGCCUUGGAUGCCUCCCAACAUAGCAGUUUAUCAACUCGGUUUGGAACUGUGGCUGUUCCUAACAUCCUCCUUUUUCAAGGUGCUAAGCCAAUGGCAAGAUUUAACCAUACAGAUCGAACUCUGGAAACACUGAAAGCAUUUAUUGUUAAUCAGACUGGAAUACAACCUAAGUCUGAUGUGGUGGUGAGCGUGGAAGACCAUGUUGGUCCCCUGCCUAGCACACUGAGUAAAGGAAUAGAUUGGCUCCUCUUAUUUUCUUUAUUGUUUCUUAUCAGUUUCAUCAUGUAUGCUACUAUUCGGACAGAGAGCAUCCGUUGGUUAAUACCUGGUCAAGAUCAGGAGCAUCAGGAGUGAUAUGUGAUUUGAGGACUAUUUGCUUUCAGAAUAAGUUGAUAAACUUGUGAAUUCUUCAUAUCUUGUGAACUGGAGUCCUGUUAUGUUUAUCGCAUAUUAAAAAUGGCACAAUAUCAUUCAUAAGAAAUUUCUUAACAUACAACAAUGAACACUGUAAUUGGUUAACUAAAUGGUGAUGGGACAGCUUUACCCUAUAGAAUCUAUACUCUGCAGACUCCACUUUUAAUGAAAAAUAAUAUAUAUAUUUAAAAAGUGGCCUGAUAAUCUUGAUAGAAUAUUGUAGAAAUUCUCACAAAUCUGUAGACUGUAGAAUGAAAAUAAUAGAUUUAAAUGUUAAUUGGAUUUAGAAACAAUCUAUCCUCAGCUUUAAUGAGGUAGAUUUUUUGAAAAUUCAGUGCCAUUUGAUAAAUAUAUAAAUACUGACAUUUUCACAUCUGCGCUUUGAUCACAGCAUUUGAUUAAAAUGGUUAGAAUUAAGAAAACAUUUAACAGGUCCUAAUCUUCAUGUCAUUUAUACUGGAAACUGAGACAUAGUUUACUGUUUUAAAAGGACAUAAAACAAUGUUACAAUAGAUUGGAAAGAGGAGAUAUAAUUUCAUGCCUGAUAGUGUGAUAUUUAAAUUAAAUAUGGGUGUAAAUAUAUGUAUAAUUUCAUGGGCACCACCUUUUUAAUGGUAUUUUUUUUGUUUUGGUGUUUGUGUUUGUAAGAAUUUGAAUCAACAGAAAUUAAAAGUACAAUCUUUAACGUG